GUAUAUUGGCUGACAAGAAGGAUCUGUAUAUCGAGGAGGAAGAGGAUGACAGGAACCUCGGGUACACCGCUCCGGUCCAGAAGAGUUUGGAGGAGAUUCAAGCGCUGGAUAAGGACGACGAGAGUCUGGUGAAAUACAAGCAGACCCUCCUGGGGAAGGCAACACUUUUGGCAGACGCCAGUGUGCAGAACGUCCAGGUGACCAGACUGACCCUGCUGUGUGACGAAGCUCCUCGACCGCUGACCAUGGACCUGACAGAGGUGAGCGAUCAGAAGGACAAGAAGACCAUCUCCAUAAAGGAAGGAGUGACGUUCAGACUAAAAAUAGACUUCAAGGUGAACAGAGAAAUCGUGUCUGGCCUGCGGUACCACCAUAAGAUGUUCAGAAAAGGAAUAAUAGUGGACAAACAGACAUACAUGGCAGGAAGUUUCGGCCCGAAGGAAGAGGAGCAAGAGUUUAUAACCCCGGUUGAUGAGGCAGCUAACGGAGUGAUGAACCGCGGCCACUAUCAGGUCAAGUCCUGCUUAAAAGACGACGACAAAAAUGUCCACUUGAGCUGGGAGUGGAGCCUCGAAAUCAACAAGGACUGGAUCGAAUAAGGCCAGAGGAAUUAGCUGAUGUUCCCUUCUUUCACUCCUAUUCUCCACCUUCCUUUUAUCUUUACCCUUUCACCCUCCUUCAUCUGAAUCUGUGAGAAUAGCCUCGAGACAUGAGGCUUCCUCCCCCUCUUCCUCUUUAUUCUCCUUUUCUACCCUCUCUGUAAAAUGCAGGUGUCCUUACAGGGACUUUUAGAGAUAAAUCCCCCCCAAUCUCUAAACUCUCUCUCCCUGCAUUUGUAUUCUUUUUCCAGAUUCUUCAACAUCUAAACCCAAUCCACAAAGGGAAAUAUGAUGCAUUGCAUACUCGCAUUCUGUCCCCAAAGAGAAUAAAUGAUAUACAUAAACAGGGAGUAACCUUGGAUGCUCUGCAGGAAUUCUGGGUUUACUUGUCGCAAAAUGUGUUUAAAAAGUUUACCAAUAAAAAAAAUAGUUAUGUGGGGAGGGCUAAUAGAGGAGCGACAUGAGAUACUGUGUGACAUGCAGCUCACAGAGGCCUUAAAACCCUUAGGGAAAAAUAAUCACGGUACAAACAAGUACAAGAAACACCUGAGUGGACCAUGUUUGUGCUUUUAGUGCCUCAAUUUGUGUCAAAAUCCGCACUCCUUCUAUUAGUUAUCAGUCAGUCACACAUCUGGACAUGUAGACAUAUUAAACAUUUUGUUAGAUUCUGUACAAUCCUGCAGGAAACCACUAUCACUCAUGUCCAGUGCGAAAAGCCUCAAAGGUUCUUACAAGUCGUUGGAAAAGACUCCAUAACUCAUUUUAUUCAGCAUCAAAAUACCUCAGUUAGACUUGUCUGUACAUCCAACACUGCAAACAGGAACUGCUAAGAGCUAAGUAUGCAUUGUUUAAGAUGCCAAUUAAACAAAAUGUACACAAACAUAGACAAAACUGAAUCCUGAAGUUGGAUGUGAUAUCUUACUGAAUCUAUGGCAACAUUAUACUACUUCCUGUUUAAAUUCCCCUAAAAAUGACAGCUGUAGUUACGAGACUUGCAGUAUAGCAUGAUGCUGUUGGAGAUGGAUUGAUAUUUUAUUCGGGUUCUCAUCUCUCUAUUUCUUUAGAUAAAGCAUAUGUUUGCAACGCCAAAGGGUAUUGAUUAAUUUGUCCGUUGAUUAAGAGGUUCAACCAUAUUUACUUUUAAAUCAUGAUGUCGAUAAUUGUUUAGAAUUUGUAUUUUAUGACUCUGCCUUUCAUUUCCAAUAUGACAAUAAAAUACACACAAUAUUUUUUCUGUGAUUACAAACUUGCCCAAAAACAAAAGAGUGAUAGUAUAAAUAAUUAAUUCUACAGGAAGUAUAAGAACGUAAUUAAACUGUGUAUAUUGUAGAAAGAGACGCAUGUUUGUCUUUUAGGAUUUGAUACUAAUUAUUCAGUAAACAUUUACAAUAAUUCGCCCUUACUCGCUCAUAAAACAAGGACAUCAAUGUGAAUACAAUUCUGCUUUGAAAAGAUGUUAAGAUAGCAGCUGAAAGAUGGAGUACUGUCUGAGAAGUAUACCAAGGGAUGAAGUAAUUCCCCUUUAAAAAAAAAAAGAAAUAUGAUUAUUGUGUUAAGUCUUUGGAUAUAAUAUUGUUAAUGUUGCUGAACAUAUUGGACAUUGAAAUACCAUUUGAAAUUGUUGUGAUCUAAGACUAACUGUAAAUGUUGGCUUGUUGGGUGUUGCAUGGUUUAGCAAGAUUCUCUCUUCCUUUUUUUACGAUUUUAUUGUAAAAUUUAAUGUGAUUUAAAAAAAAAAAUACUGACGCAAUAUCAAGAUUUCAAUGGUUGCAAUAUAUUGCAGAACGCAGUACUUACAGGGAUAUUUUUAAAGGCUCAGACAGCUGGAAACAUUUGUCUGUGUUUAAUACCCCAGCCUGUAGUGAUCCAGUACUGUAUCCUCAAAUAUUGGUGUCAAAUCUAGUAUCCUGUAUCUUUUAAUAAAGGCAAUUCAAACAACAACAA